CUUCUCCAUUCCCAAAGUUAAUAAUUCAACAAAAUUUCAGUGAAGGUUAGUUUGAAACCAAAAAAAGUAUUUUUAUGUUAAGAAUUUAAUAUGUGAAAAGGCGAAAGGUUGAAGAUCUCGACUGAAAGAUACCCUCUGAAUAGAUGGCAACACUUGAGGGGAAUUCCAAGCCCCCAAAAGGGCCAUCAAUACAUUCAUUGGAUACUCCUACCGAUCGCUUUAUAAUUCGAUCGACUGGCAGAUCUACCGUUCAAUUCAGAGGCUCAUAUAUUUCAAAAUUACUUCAAAACUACUGGACAAGCACAUCAUGCCCGCGUUGUGGUCGGAAAACUGGCAAGUCAUGCAAGAAAACCACAACAAACGGGCGAACUAUAAAAGACACUUGACCCUCAACCCUCAACAAUAUUCAAGGAAGAACGGCCAAGAUGUUGAGCAAGCUUGUGCCCCGCAUCAAAGCCAAGCCACUGACGGAGAGGACUAGCUCCCGCGAUGCCUUUGUCUACUUGGAUCGAGUGCAGAAGUUCUUCGGCUGGACAGCGGUCGAGGAUAAGAGGUGGAGGAUCCCCUACAUUCUGUGGGGUAUUUUCAUGAACCUGCUGCUGAUCUUCUUCCUGCCGAUCUCGAUGCUGGUGGCAUACAUUCAAAAGUUCAAGAGCUUCACGGCGGGCGAGUUUCUCAGCUCCCUGGAGCUCACGGUGAAUAUGUACGGAUGCGUUUUGAAGUGCAUCUACACCAUUUGGGGCUUCAAGGGGUUUACGGCAGCCAGAAAGGUGCUCGACGAGCUGGACCUGCGCUGCACCAGCGACGAGGAGCGGAACAGUGUGCACCGCUGCGUGGCUCUGGGGAACCUAAGCUACGUGUUGUUUCACAUCUUCUACUCGGGAUAUGUGGUCAUCAACUGGACGGGCUACGUCCUGAUGGGCAGGCACGCCUGGAUGAUGUACCUCCCUGGGCUGGACGCUGAAAAUAACUUCUUCGUAGCCAGCUUAUGCGAGAUACUUCUGAUGAGCACCGUGGUCACCAUGCAACAGUGCACGGACGUCUCUCCUCUGGCCCACAUGCUGAUGGCUCGCUGCCACAUCUGUCUGCUCAAGGAUCGGUUGACAAAGCUGCGCACGGACCCCACCAAAGACGAGGACGAACACUACGAGGAGCUGAGAAACUGCGUCCACGACCAUCGCUUGAUAUUGGAGUACGUAGCUUCCCCGUCUGCACUAUUUUUGUAUGCGAUUAAAACGUCCACAUCCCCCCACCUUCCUAGCUAUGUCAAUGCUCUGCGGCCCACCUUUUCAGGGACUAUAUUCGUGCAGUUCCUCUUGAUUGGCAUAAUUCUGGGCCUGUCCAUGAUCAACCUCAUGUUCUUCUCGACCCUCUGGACGGGCCUCGGCACCAUGUGCUACAUGUUCGAUGUGUGCCUGGAAACCUUUCCCUUCUGCUACCUUUGCAACAUGAUCAUCGAUGAUUGCCAAAAGCUAUCGGACAAUCUGUUCCAAUCGGAUUGGACGACUGCCAGUCGCAGAUACAAGUCCACGCUGGUCUACUUUCUGCAGAAUCUCCAGAAACCGAUUAUCUUAACAGCGGGUGGAGUGUUUCCCAUCUGCAUGCAGACGAAUCUAUCGAUGGUGAAGCUGGCUUUUUCCGUGGUCACCGUUAUAAAACAAUUCAAUCUGGCGGAUAAGUUUCAGUAGGAAAGCACUACUAAUAGGACAUGAAUAUGUUCAUCAGUUUAGGGCGAGGUUCAUCCCCAAGAAGGGAUGCAAAACAUACCUAAGUUGAUUAGACCUUGAUAUUGAUAUUUCGUUGUCAAUGAUGUAGGAACUAGAAUCACAAAAACGUUAACUAACGAAAGUAGGAACUGAUUUCACCUGUAGAAGAAAAUAAAUCUUUAAAUGCAGAUUUUUCCUUGGGCAAUAUCGUAUUUUGUAACCAUUUUCCGUGGCCUGCUAUGAGUCAUCGAAUCAGCUACAGGACCCCUAUAUAUCCCCACCUUGCAGUUUAUGUACUAUUGGCUUCAUUAUCAUGUAAAUUUUACCAAAACAAAUGUCGUUAUGCAAUUAGGCAGGACAUUGCAAUUGGCAGUGCAGCGGCAAUGCAUGCAAAUUCUGUUACCGAAAAUAGAGCUAAUUAUAAACGAGGAGACCAUUUAUACACGUAAUUUAUAUUUUCGGGGCUUGCAUAUCGCUCUCUGCGGUUUCUAUUCCAUGUGACAUCAUUUCAACGGCCAAAAUUACCAUAAAAAUAAUGCAUUUUCAUAUUUCCACAUGUAAUAAGGUUCUGGUUAAGCCAAUUCAGUCAUUUCAAUCCCUUGCGGGACUGUACAUUAUUUCGAAAUUGGGGUGAUAGAUUCAAAAACAUCUUCUAAACGUUUUAAAGACUCCGAAGUGGUUUCGGAGACUGCAUUUUUGAGCCAUUUCUUGAAAAAGGGUACCCGAACUCAACUAAGACUUGGAACAUUCAACUUUAUAAGACUAUAAAUAGUGCAGGCAAUCGUUUUAAAUCUUUUUGUUGGAUCCACAACCAUAAAAACACCUCUGCUCUGCUGUUUGCUUCGAUUUUUCCUCUGUGAAACGUUAAACGUUGACGUUAAAGAAUUCUUCUUCAUUUAAAAAAAAAUAAAUAUACAAUUUUUCGAUUAAUUAACAGACUCGUCAAAAGAUUCUGCGGCACAUUCGUACCGUUCGACGUAUCUUUCGACUGCGUUUAAUUUGCAUAUGGAUGGCGGUGGCCUUUUGUGUCCGCUUCCGCAGCUGUGUCUGUGUCUGUGUCCUCAAUGCCAAAGAGUCAAUAUUAUUACGGUCUACGCAUACCAUUUCGGUGGUGGAGAGGGCCAGGGGGAGGCAACCGCAAAGCGUUGGCAAAAAUGUUUUCAAUUAAUUAAACACCCGAAAAGCGACACCGUAAUGAAAAUGCAAUGUGCUGAGAGAGCGAAUAAGAGAGAUACGCGUACAGAGUGGCAAACUCGACCGACUCAAUCAAAAAGGAAUGCCAAUGUGGUUGAAUGUCGAUACCUGAGAUACCCUUCCAGAGGUAUCUCUCUAUUGGAGCUGCUAUACGAUACUAGAUGACUCUGAUUGGGAUCAAAAUUUGGAUCAGCAACCGAUUAAAGAUCCUGUAGCAUGUGUCUAAGGAAGGGACUUGGUAGCAAAGGCGCAGAAAGGUGCUCUCUUCUCCUGGGUAGAAAAAUGCCCCUACAGCACCCAACCAGGACAUAGGCCCUCUCUUGCUCUCUCUAUCUGCUGCUGUGUGCGUGUCUGUGGCUAGUGCGGCAUGCAGCUCAUUAAUAAUACAGAUAAUGUGUGUUGGAGGCAAUCAUUUUUCGGUUGCAUGCCAGCGCGGUGGCGCUGA